AUGAGUGCACAGACCACAUUUUCGCAGACGCCUGCCUACGCGACACUUCCGCGCAGCUCCAAGGAGGUAGCGGCUCAAGAAGCGCUUGUCUAUGCAGACUUGAAACGAGCCAUCAACUUACUCGAGACGGCGGUAAAGACUAACGCCAAAGAGAAGAUACCGCGCGUCCUCCGCACCACCAGUAAACUGCGCAAGACGUUGUCAGUGGCGCAGCUGCAGCAAGCCGUGGAUCAGCUGCUGCCGGCGCAGAACGUAUCCAAGCCCGUGCUGCUCGAACUUCUGGCUCAUAUCGAGGAGAAGGCUUUGCGUGCUGUAGAGGUGGCAAAUGCUGGUAUCAGCAAGGAACACGAUGUGGACAUGGUGGACGUGUCGCCAGAAGUGGAGACUGGCACUGCUGUCCACAUGCCUGUAGUGCUGCUACCUGUGUUGGACCUCAUUGAAGUAGAAAUCUAUCUGUUUCUCUAUGUGUUGGCAGCGCUGAUGAAGUACAAUAUGGACCAGAUGGCAUUGACCACGGUGGACAUGGUGGUGGCUCGAUGCCAGCAGUUCAAUUGUCGCACACUGGACUUGAUCCAAGCCAAGGUAUUCACGUACUACUCGAAUAUCCAUGAGAGAUUUGGCCAAGAUCUGCCAGGUAUUCGCAACACGCUUUUAUGCGCGCAUCGCACGUCGUGCUUGCGCUACGACGAAGCAGGACAGGCUACACUAAUCAACUUGUUGCUACGCAACUACCUGAAGGACAAUCUCUACGAACAGGCCUACAAGUUUGUGAGCAAAACGACGUUUCCUGAGACGGUUUCAAACAAUCAGUUUGUCCGCUAUCUGUACUAUGUCGGCAGAAUUCAGGCGGUCCAAUUGGAGUACACGGAGUCGUACACAAAGCUGAUGCAGUCUAUCCGUAAAGCUCCGGCCAAUACGGCGCAUGGCUUUAAGCGCACAGUGUACAAGCUCGCUAUUAUUGUCCAGUUGCUUAUGGGCGAAGUGCCGGAGCGUGACGUGUUUAAUCAGGACGAGCUCCGCAAGGCGUUAGCACCGUACCUACAGCUCACUAAUGCCGUCCGCGUGGGUAACCUGGAGGAAUUUAACGUGGUUCUGUCACAACAUGGAGCAGCAUUCAAAGCUGACAACACCUACACGCUGAUCAUUCGCUUGCGCCACAAUGUAAUCAAGACGGGUCUGCGCAAAAUUAGCACUUCGUACUCGCGGAUCGUGUUCACGGACAUUUGCCAGAAGCUCGCUCUGGAGAACGCGCAGAACGCAGAAUUUGUGUGUGCCAAGGCGAUUCGGGAUGGUGUAAUUGACGCCGUGAUCGACCAUGAGAACGGCUGGCUUCAACUGAAAGAGACCGUGAACGUGUACACCACGAAAGAUCCGCAGACAGCCUUCCAGAGACGUAUCAACUUUUGCCUGGACGUGCACAACGAAGCUGUCAAAGCCAUGCGUUAUCCGCCAGACGCCUACAAGAAAGACCUUGAGAGCGCUGAAGAGCGUCUGGAACGUGAGAAGCAGGAAGAAGAGCUUGCCAAGGAAAUUGAGGACGAGAUGGACGAAGGACUAUGA